AUGUUCGUUCCUAUAGAAGGUCAUAAUGCCGAAUAUUUAACAGAGGUUGUAGUCAAAUUUUUUAAAGAUAAUGAUAUUGAUAUAAAUGACUGUAGAGGUCAAUCUUAUGACAACGCAUCGAAUAUGUCUGGACGCUAUUCAGGACUGCAAACCAGGAUAAGGGAAAUCAAUAAGUAUGCUGAUUAUAUUCCUUGUGCCGGGCACUCGUUAAAUUUAGUCGGCGUUAAGGCAGCUGAAUGUGUUAAUGCAGUCGUUAAGUAUUUCUAUAUCGUACAAAAUUUGUACACAUUUUUAUCAGGAUCGACUUAUAGAUGGCAAAAACUAUUGUCAUAUUUAGGAACGAAAAAAAAAGUCGUUAAAUCUUUAUCCGCUACUCGAUGGUCAGCCCGAGCUGAUGCAAUCAUCGCUCUUUUCACAGGUCAUACAGAUAUUACGAAAGCUCUAGAUGAUUUAUCAAAGGAUGAUACGCAGUCUAACGAGACUAGAUUUGAAGCUAAGACCAUUUUAAAGCAAAUUACAAAAUUUGAAAAUGUCUUUAUAACUGUGGUAUGGCACGAAAUCUUGACACGUAUUAAUGAUACAUCUAAAAAUUUACAAAAAGAAAAUAUGGAUUUGUAUAUAGCAUGCAGUCUUUUAAAUUCCUUAGAAUUGUAUUUAUUGGAUAUCAGGGAUAAAUUCGAUGAGUUUUUAGAAAAAGCAAAAAGCUUUACUGAUAUCUGCGAAAGUGAAUCUACAUCUGAGCCAAGAAAUCGAAGAAGAAGCGUAAAACUUACUCGCUUUGAAGGAGAGAGUGAACAUACACAAUUUACUGGAGAUGAAAAGCUCAAAAUAGAGAUUUUUUAUCCGAUAAUCGAUUCACUUUGUUCCAAUUUGAAAACCAGAAAAACUGCUUACGAAACGGUGAAUGAUAACUUCAAGUUUUUUACUGCUCUACCAAACAUGACAUACGAAGGAAUAAAAGAAUGCUGCGAAAAGCUUGCCAGAAAAUAUGAUCAAGACAUUUCUGCAGAAAAUUUAAUAUCAGAAUGUUUACAUUAUAAACAUUAUCUUCGUGAUACACGAAAGAACGAAGAAUUAUUUAUUCCUGAUCUAUACAUACAUGAAUUAAACUAUAGAUUAAUUUUAUUCAAGUAA